AUGCCCUUUGGAACUAAGAGAGUAUUUGCUAGUGCUCCUCUCACUCCUAUUGUUAAUCCCGGUGGUGGUAUUCGUCCUAUAGCUUUGGGUACUGCCUGGCGGCAUCUUGUUUCGAAGGUGGCUGCUGUUAUGGUUGGCCAGUCUUUGGGAAGUUACUUUGAUGGUCUUCAAUGUGGUGUUGGGGUUUCUUUAGGUGGCGAGGCAAUUCUUCAUGCUAUGAAUCGAUUGAUUGAGGAUCGUGAUUCUAAUGUUGGUCUUUCUAUGUUGUUGGUGGAUUUUCAAAAUGCCUUCAAUCUAGUUGAUCGUGCGGUCAUGUUACGUGAAGUUCGUCGUCGUUGUCAUGACAUUUCGCGAUGGGUUGAAUUCUACUACUCUAAUCCAGCCAGAUUAUAUGCUUUUGAGGUAUGUCUUCAGGCGUGGUAUUUGGAUGACGGCACUAUUAUUGGUGAAACUUUGGUGUUGGGGAAGGUUAUGCAGUUGAUUAUGGAGGAAGGGCCUCGUUUUGGGUUACAUCUCAACGUGGAAAAAACUGAAACUUUUUGGCAUACAGAAGACCCGCGAAGCAGGCUUGUGGGUGUCUUUCCCCUUAAUAUUGCUCAACCAUUGCAUGGUGUUAAGUUGCUUGGUGGUCCUACUAGUUCCGAUUCCGGUUUUAGUGGUGAGCUUGUGAUGCAGAGGGUGACCAAGACCAUUGCGCUUAUGGAUAAGGUUGCUAAGCUAGAUGAUCCUCAGUGUGAGUUGUUGUUACUUAGGGCAUGUACCGGAGUUUCUAAACUCUACUUUGCUUUGCGUACUUGUCCUCCUAGUACUUUUGAGGCGACUCACCGCACAUUUGACGAGGCUCUUCGAUCUUCCUUGGAGCGUAUUGUUACUGCUUUGGGGCCUGGGUUUGGCGAUUGGCAGUAG